GUUACAAGUGAAAUUGUGUUUAAGGAAAUGAACUGGUAGAAAACUGAGCAAAUCCGAAUCGGCAUGUUAAGUCACAGAGCUUUUUCUUGUUUUAUUUAAGAUCAUUUUUAAAACAAAUUCAUACAUUUUUUCCCUUCACACUUGUAAUCUGAAUUCCUCAAACUUGCACUACGCUCUACUAAUUCUUAUGAACUUAACUUAUGUUUGGGGAUAGGUAACAAUUCAAGUUUUAAUUUGUCUUUUCACAUCUAAAUACUGUAGACUCCAAUUGAUUAUUCUCAAGUGUACCACUCAUUCUCAUUUGUGUUAUGUUUUUGUUCUUGUAGCAUAUGUAGGAAACCUGCUGUCUUUCUCAGAGAAUCUAGAGAAGCUAGGAUCCAAUUCCCUCACUCGGGAGGAGCCAGACCUGGGAGCUGCUUUCCUCAAGUUUUCUGUCGUCACCAAAGAGCUCGCAGCACUCCUCAAGAAUCUUGUCCAGAAUAUCAAUAACAUCAUCAUGUUCCCAUUGGACUCGCUCUUGAAGGGAGAUUUAAAGGGGCAGAAAGGUGACCUCAAAAAACCUUUUGAGAAGGCUUGGAAAGACUAUGAAUCAAAGUACUCAAAAAUUGAAAGGGAGAAGAAACAGCAAGCUCGAGAUGCUGGUCUCAUCAGACAAGUUGUGUCUGGGCCAGAGGUUGCAGAGGAGAUGGAGAAGGAAAGGAGAAUGUUUCAGCUACAAAUGUGUGAGUACUUAUUCAAAGUGAAUGAGAUCAAGGCAAAGAAAGGAGCUGAGCUUGUACAGCAUCUAGUGGAGUACUACAGAGCAGAAAAUAACUACUUUCGAGAUGGUUUGAAGACUGUGGAUCAUUUUCAGUCAUACAUCGAUGAGCUUUCUUCACAUGUCUCUCAAAUCAAAGCACGACAGGAUGAAGAGAGAAAAAAGCUUUUCGAGCUCAAACUCACCCUCAAGAAUAGCUUGAAUAUAGAAAAAGAGACCCCACCAGAGAAGCAAGGUUACAGCUUACAUCAGCUGGAGACUAACAAUGCUGUUGGAACAGAGAAGAGCGGUUACCUCCAUAAACGCACAGAAGGACUGCGCAAGGUGUAUCAGAAGCGAAAGUGUGAUGUCUGCGAUGGCUACCUCCAUAUAUCACAUUCCACGCCGAGCCGUGCCCCAGCGAAGCUCAACCUUCUGACCUGCCAGGUCAAACCAUCUCCAGAAGAGUCCAGCCGCAAGUACUUUGACCUCGUUGCGCAGGAUAGAACGUACCACUUUAUGGCUGAAACAGAGGAUGAAGCAGAAGAGUGGAUAUCUGUUCUUAACAACAGUAAGAAGUUUGCCCUAGAAGCCGUCUUUAACGAAGGGUCUUCCCCUUCAGAACUCACCAAUAGAGGGCUUCAGGAUCUCACACAGAGUAUUGUUCAAGAGGUCAAGAGGUUACCUGGUAACAACAUUUGUUGUGAUUGCACUGCAGCAGAUCCACAGUGGUUGUCUACUAAUCUAGGUAUCCUAACGUGUAUAGAAUGUUCAGGUGUACAUAGAGAGAUGGGUGUCCACAUAUCUAGAGUACAGUCAUUAGAACUUGAUAGGCUUAGCACGGCACAAUUACUGCUUGCAAUAACUGUAGGGAAUGAAGAUUUUAAUGAGGUUUAUGAAGCCAAAUUAGAAGGGAACAAACCCACUCAUACCAGUUCCAUGGAUGCAAGGAAAGAGUUCAUCAGAGCAAAGUAUGAGAAGAAGAAAUUUGUUCUUAAGACUGCUGCACAGCCCAGUCAGCUGUUGUUUGACCUUCGGCAGGCUGUUCUUCUCUCUGAGAUCAUCCAGGUUUUAAGGGUCUUUGCGGAAGGUGUGGAUCUUGUUGCACCCCUUCCAAAUACGGCUGGUAAUAAGACUGCCUUACAUCUAGCGGUCGAGCAGCAGGAUGAUGUUAACCUCCACAUAGUAGAUUUUAUCAUCCAGAACACGACUGUGAUUGACCAGCAGAUGACCGAUGGUAACACCCCUCUUCACUUGGCUGCUAAGUAUGACAAGGUGGAGUGUGUGAAGUUACUGCUAAGAGGAAGUGCAAAUAUAGAAAUAUUAAAUAAAACAAAGGAGUCGGCCUUAGACAUUGCGAUAAAUAAUGGCAACACCCAGUGUGAGGACUUACUACGUGCUGCUAAGUCAGGCAAGGUCACACAGUGUGAACAUGUGGAGUUCUGCUGGGGCAUGAUGGGCAAUGAGGAUGGCGUAGACUUCAGUGACGACGAUCUGGAUGAUCGGGAGAAGAGGCCAUUACAGAGUCCAAGAAGACCCAAUAGCAGACCGCAGACGUUGCCAAAUUCACCUGUUAGCUCAAUGUCGAAGUCGUCAAGAGAUCGCUUCUCAGACAUGCUGAUGGCUAAUGUAAACAAAGGGGACCAAAGCUCGACAGAUAAACUUAGAAUGCCGCCCCCUCCAGUCCCACCUAGGAGAAUGAUGUUUUGUCUUCCGUUUGGUCAUCACCAUCAUUGGUCUUACUCCGGAAGCCAUAGGAGAGGCAGGAGAGCGGCGAGUGUCAAGAAAAAAGCGCCCCCUCCCCCUAUGGAUUUAGGCCACAAGAGAACUUCGUCCGACCCUCAUGCUUUCAAUAGCACGCCCCCUAAGCCACCUGAAAGGAUCACAUCUAUUCGUGACCAGGCAACCUUAGGUACUGAAGUACCAGAAGCAGCUAAAUCUUCAGAUUCCUCUUCCUCUUCAUCAUCUUCCGCUCCGCCUCCGAUUCCAAAGUCAAAUAGUCAGGUUGAGCAGAUGAAACAAUUCCUUGCCUCAAGACCAGAGUUAUUACCACGGCCACCAAGUGUUGACAGCCCUCCAGCAAUUCCACCAAAGAAAUUCCAGACAACUGACAGCAACGGGACGUUGGGUGCAAGUAGUAGACCCAGUUCCCAGGCCAGCUUCCAUUCUAAUAGUAGACCAAACAGUCAGCAAGAUCUACCGACAACACCCAGUAGUAGGUCACAGAGUCGUCAUGGUAGUUCUACCGACGAUGCAUCCAGUAGUAAGAGUAGUAGCAGCGGUCCACCAACUCCAGCCCCAAGGGUUCCAAAGACGAGACCGAAGAGAGUGCGGGCGCUGUAUGAUUGUCAAGCUGAUUAUCAAGAUGAACUCACGUUUGAAGAAGGCGAGACUAUAGUAGUGACAGGGGAGGCUGAUGCAGAGUGGUGGAUUGGAGAGAUAGAAGGCAAACCAUCACGGAGAGGGGUGUUUCCUGUGUGCUUUGUUCAUGUUCUUGAAUGACGAAUGCUUGCCACUUCCAGUCCCAUGCACUCCAAUCUGUGUAGUCUUCUUCCUUCACAUUGGUCCCACCCACUACAUUUGAUGUCAUAUAUUGCAUAGUAUACAUACAGCAUUACCUGAACUCGGUAGACUAAUUUAAUAUGCAUUCUAUGUAGAAGAGAGUAAGAUUCAAAAUUUAAUCUUGUCACAUCACAACUCUCAAAUUGUGUAUUUUCCUAGAUCUAAAUGUAGUGGAGAAUCUGUGACUGUCAUGAAUGAGUGCUAGAAACUUACAUGUCUAGAAUUUGAAUCGGUAAUAUUUGUAUACACAAUAUAUUUUUGGACUAGAAAAUAUCUUUCACAUGGAGAUGACUGUAGAGCCUUUUUUUUCAUAUUUUGGAAAUGUGUUCCAACCAAAUCUUUCACCAGUACCAAAAAUAUGACAUUCUAUUCUAUGUUUUUUUUUUUUAAUCGCAAUCAUGUAGUUUUAUUUUUAUUGGGCUACUAGUCCCUCUUAUCCAUAAUCAUGUUUGAACUAAUGUGUUCUAUGUAGAAUUCAUCAAGUUGGACUUUCAAACUGCUCUUUGAGUGAUGACUGGAAUUUGUUUGUUAGUAUAUAUGUUUAAUAUUUGGGUCUCGUCCCUUUAUUAAGAAAUCAUGAGAUCGGCCAUAUUGAUAUGAUUGUAAUAUAAUAUCUUCAAUAUUUGUGUCUCAUGAGUCUAUUGAUGCCGGUGCCAUCAGUUUUUCGUGUUUGAAAUCAAACCAAUAUUGUCUUUAUUUCUCUUGAUAAAUGGUUACAAUGUAUUUCUUUUAAAAUCCCCUCCAUUUUCCAUGAAAAUGAAAGGAAUGCCUUUGAUUGUGGAAAAACUGUAAUAAUAAUACUAAUAGUAAUGACAAUGAUGAUAGCACUAAUAAUAACAAGGAUGGAUAUAAUGAUAGUAAUAGAAUAGUAUUAUUGGUAAUUAUAAUGAUGAUAAUACUAGUAAUAAUGUUAAUAAUAACGAUAGUAAUAAUAAUGAUAAUCAUUAUUAUAAAGAUGCCUGUGUCAUGUGUUUUUACCCCAUACCAGCUUAGUAUUUGCUUCAGAAAUAAUCAAUAUGCGAGUCUUGAAAUUAAGCUUUAUUGCACUUCUCACUGACUGGUAUUCUGUAUUGCCAUGUUAUUCAUGUAUGUGAACAAAUUUUGUGGUUAUGUACAUUGGUAUACAGAAAAGCUCAAUUAAUUCUUGCUUGCCGGGUGAGAAAUUUUUAAAAACAAUCUACUUGAAAAAAUAUCAAACAGAAUAUUCAGUGCUGAAUACUAGAAGUUUUAGACCACAUUUUUGUGAAUUGUUCUGCCAACACUGUUUACAUGCAAUUUGAAUGCAUACCCAAAGGUUGAAAGCUAUGCCAAAGCGACUAUUGAAAAUUGGCCCAAUAUAUGCUCUAGACCUUUUGGUUUCCUCAGUUUCAGGAAGUAAUAAUUUGAAAAUUGUUUUUGAAAUUUAGAAUUUAUGAUUUGGAAAACAAAAUCAGUAUUCAAACUUUUUUUUAUACCAACACAUCAUGGGUGAAUCUUGACUCGAUUCACCUAUGAUGACAUCAUAGAAGUCAGGCCAUUAAGAAGCUCUAUAAAGCCUUUUUUCCAGGCUAGCAAAUUAAGAAAUAUAUACUCAGCCGAAAUCCAGUGGAAAUACAUGAUACUUGUUUUCUCCUUGUUCUUGCCUGUGUUCUGUUGUUCAGGCUUCCUCGAUGGUCUUUAUUAAAGAAAGAUUGAAUUCUUUAUAUCAGAUCUUCAUUGUGUAAGAUGCAAUAUGAGAAAGUUAGUCAUUGGAGAUGUCUAUGAAUGACAACUUGUAGAGAAUGCGAUUAAUACAUAUGCCAACUGUACAAGUUACGUGUCAUGGGGCCACGUACAUGUAUAUGUGGAGGUUUUUUUUUUCUGUUAGCAUUAUGUGAAGGGCAUUUAUGUGUGGUGGCGUCAUGGUCUAGUGGUCAUGACUCUCGUCUUUCAAUCUGAGGGGUGUUGGUUCGAUUCCCAGCCAUGGCAUGUAUUCUUUCAGCAAGAAAUCUACCGAAAUUGUUCUGCACUCAACCCAGGUGAGAUGAAUGGGUACCCGGUGGGAAAAAUUUCCUCGAAUGCUUGAGCGCCUGUAGCCAGCACAGUUAAAGCUGGGGUAAUAAUAAUAAUAACAUUGUAAUGAGCAGUUGAGUAUAUACCUAUAGAUAUUGUGAAACAUAAAUAUACAACAAUUAUUAUUAUUAUUAUUAGCUACAGCCAGUGUAAAAAAAUAACAGGAUACCAUUCAGUGCAUUAGUACAUGUAUAUAAUUCAUAUAAUGUAUGCUCUCAAGUUAAAUUUUCCAUAAUGUAUUGAUAGAUUUUUAGAAUUUCUCAAGUGGAUGAUUUGUUAUUGAGGCCACAGGCCAAUAUGAGACAUAAUUCAUGAGAAAUUUCAUAGCUAUGAAUGCACAUUUGAUUGUAUUUUUUUACAACAUAAGGCAAUGUGCUAAAGUGUUAUCGUUAAAAUCACAGAAACCUAACAAAUUGUUAAGAUUGGAACAUACAUUGCAGUCAUACAGUGCAGCAUAGUUGCAUUACAAAGGCAGUUCAAAAAAUGUAUGCAAAGUAGGAGGGAAAUUAAUGCAAAGUGGGUGGGAAGUUAAUGCAUGCUGAUUGUCAUUACUAUUUUAACUAACUUCAUGUGCAUCAUUGACUUUGUUCCCCCUUUCCCCUCAGAAAUACAGAAAUUAUAACUAGAUCCAAUGGUCAUCCCAUAGAAAAUUGUGUUAAAAGACAGUCAAAAUGAAGAUGAUUUGAGAUUUUGUGUAUCAAUCAACUUGUCAAGAUCAAACCAUCAUUGAAACUAUACUUUCAAAUGCAUUUCAUGGCUUUCAAGAUUAGCAAGAAUGGAUUUAUCAAUGCUCUAAAAGGGACAAAGGAACAUCUAAAAAUACCUAUCUGUCCAUGUCGUCAGAUUUUACAAUGAAAGAUGACCUCAGAAAGAAUUUCCUUGGGCAGUCAAGAGCCGUGCUGCUUCAUUGAAAAUUAUCUUCAAAUAUAUUUUUUUUAGUAUUAUUGGGAAUAGAUAUUCAUUAUUGGUAUGUACAUGGAAAUAUUGACCAGCAGCACAGGCUGAACGUGUCAAUUUAAAAGUGAGAGAAAUACAAUCCGAUUACAAAGCAAAAUCACAUAUAAAUACAGUAUAUUUAAUUUUGGUUUGUAAUCAGAUUGUAUCUUAGAGUAACAUUAUGGAAUGAUCUCUCAUGUAAGAUCAUUUUUCGGUGCACAGCUCUCAAUAUUGCAUGCUAAUAAAGGGGAGGGGGGGGGGGGGGAAUUUGCAAAGAAGUCUUUCCUAUUUGUGGGAUUGUAUAUGUAAUUUUCCAUCUGUUGAUGAGAAAACUCACAAUCUUAUUGCUAUUAGGCAAAUGUAAGAUAACCGAUGUGUGCUUUAUAUUUUUGUUAAUUAUUCAUUUUUAAAAGAGGAUUGAAAAAAGAAAGACGGAUUCUUUUUUUUUCUUCCAUAGUCUGGAAGAAGGAGUUAUAGUCAUAUUGAUAAUCCUGAUUACGUACACGCUGUAUGUUGCAUGAUGCUGCAUCUUUACAGAUAUUACCACGCUUUUUGAUGGACUUAGUCUUUUGCAAGGUGCACCAACUCCACUUCAUGGGAAUAUCCUUACUAAAUCAUUACUGUAAAGCCAUGUGGCAGAUACUAACAAAAGUUUUGUCGUACCAAGUCGCUCUCCCUCUCUGCGGUAUGAAAUGGUGAUUUAAAAUGAACCUGUUGCCUUCUCAAACUGGUUGGUCCCUGUACAAGCUAGCAUGAGAAUUACAGAAUUCAGCAGUUCACCGACAAAUCAUGUUGGAUAUCUAGCAAGUUAUUUUCAUGUCCAUUUUCAAGUGUGCUAAAAUACUUUAGUUACAGCACCUCAGAAUGUGGAUAUGCCUUUUACCUUUCUGUAGUAUGCUUAGGUCACAUUUGACUGUUGGGUGCCAUAUAAUGAGUUUAAAUGCAAUUUCAACAACAAUUUUUGGUCAUCAUACAUGUAUGCAGUCUAUGAUGUUUUAUGUGCACAAUAUCUGUAUACAUAUAUUUUGUAAGGACCCUAGGCUGUACAGAGGCUGUCUGGAGAUCAUACAGAUAUUGUGCAGCAUCAGCGCAGUUACACUGUAGUCAUUUUAGCCUCAAAUAUGUCGGAGAUCAUACGAUUUGUGUUCAGACGCUGCAUCCACAGGGUGGUCAUGCAGUGGUGGCAGAAUCUCCAUUUUAAAUAAUUGGAGGCUUUUUGUCUACCCUAACAAGUGUACAGUCACUGCACAAUAGACCAUUUUGGAGUAACCUCAUGUGCAUAUCUAUUCAAAUGCCCUGUCUUUUCUUUCGUUAGGAUCGGCAAAUUCAAAAGCAAGAUAUUAUGUAAGCAUGCCUGACAUGGCAGGAUGCAGAAAUUGCAUAGACCAGGUGACUAGAAAAGCACAUCAAUGAACUCUUUAUGAGAGUAUUUGUUGCACUUCAACUUUGAAUGCAUUAACAUAUUGCUAUUACAAUGUACUUGGCCAACUGUUAAAUACCAGUCGCUAAUGGACGCAUUGUCGCUUUCCAUUAAAGCAUGUAUUAAUAAUCAAGACAUUAAAGUUGGUAUUUUGCUAAUCUCAUUGAGUUCAAAUGACCAUCUAUUGAUCAUGGUAGAGUGGAACUACUAACUGGUCUAUUAGGGCAGCUUCUCUCUAGUGCCCUUGUUGGAAUAGUGUCAUUCCUUCUUUGAAAUAUGUAUGGGCUUUUUAAAGAUUUCUUUGAAAGUAUAUCUAUCAAAUUUAACACUUCAUAAAAUUGUACUGGUGGUGAUGCCUGUAAGGGGCGAUGACAUCCUUUAAAAAAUCUUGCGUCCUUAUUGUGAUGUCAACCUCAUUCGCAUGGAUCACGAGAGAUUGAUCAACCCCAGUGUACUCAACAGCAUGCAUUAAUUACAGUUUUCCUCUUUCAUAGUGAUUACAAACAGGGGCAGAUCCAGGUUUUUUGGAUAGGGGGGACACCUUUUGCCAAGGAAAAUUUUGACAAACAAAUGAAUGGUAUUUUGUCCACAAAAAAAUAUUUUGUCCACGAAAAAAUUUGGCAAGCAAAAAAAAAAAGUCUUCACUUAAAAAAUAGGGGGGGGGGGGGCACAGUUAUGUUUUCUACAUUACAAAUUUUAAUUGUGCCUCUUAAAAGGGGGGAGCAUGGGCUGGCUUUGCCCCCCCCCCCCUGGAUCUGCCAGUGAUUACAAACUUCAUUUUAACACAACAGUUUUCCUGGGAUCUCACUUGAGGUUGUACUCAUCAAUCCUUGUUCUUCCCUGCACUUGGGAUUCAUGGUUCACGUAGAUUAAAUUUUAUCUUCUCACUCUUGGCCUGUGCUGUCUUCACACACACCUUACGACUUGUCCACAAUCCGAUUUUGGAAAAAAAUGCAUUGAUUUUGCUUAUUUUCUGAAAAUGUGAAUGAAAAAUAUCUUUAUUUCAGGGGAGCGUUUCAUCAACAUUUUCGUCCGACAAGUUGUCAGGUCUGACAACUUUCCUUGGUAAUGAUUGGAUAAGAGUCACUGUUACCAUAGUAACUGUCGGAUAAAACAGUACUUGUCGGAUAAAAAGUCUGACAAGUCCUUUCAUGAAACGCUCCCCUGGUUCAAAUUAACUGUAAAAAUACUAGUAUAACAAUUUUAGAUAAUUGUGUGAGCCUUUCUUUUGGAAUAAAGGACAAAUCGAUUUCCAAUGGAGGCCAAUCGUACAAUUUCCAUGACGUCAUUACAACUAAAUAUUCAAUUCACUUUUUUUAUAAUAACGAUGAUAGCUUAGUCCCAGAUUUAAACAUAAGUAUUGGUAUGAUGUUUUAGAACUUUACUCAGUAAGAUGUUUCAUGUCUCUGCAUUCAAAUAAAAUUUUAUGUUUAAUUCCAAAUUCAGGUCUCAGACCAAAUGUAGGGUGUGUGGUGCCUUUAGCGAAACAAAAUGGUCGACCCACAAAACUUAUAAUUAACGUUGGUAGGAUGUGUUACGAAGUGCACAAAUUGAACAGAAUUUCUCUUUGAGUUUGAAGCUACUUUGAAAGCUCCAUAAGCCAAAUGUGACCUAGGCAUUACUUUGCUCUGAACAAAUUUAUUCAGCGUUGCAUCUAAUCAAAAGUUCAAGCUUCAAACUUGGCUGAAAGUAGACCUGUCAGGUGUAUUUGAAAUGGCACCUAAAAAAAAAAAAAAUAGUACACCUAUAAAGGAUGUACUACAUUGAAAUGGUAAUUUGUGCAAUUUAUUAAAGAAAAAUAUUUUGAAUAAGAUGUGGAGUAAAAAAAAGAGGGUUUAGUUGAAUUUCUUAUACACAUGACAUUCAUGAAAGUGCUCUUCAAUAUGUUCUUUUUUUUGUAAUCAUGUACUUUUGAUAAGCUUUUCUACUUGUGUUUUACAUAUAUUGUUUAUGCUUCUUUUGAUAUACAUUUUGAUUAUGUUGUAAUCAUUCAGUUCUUUCUUCUCAAAUUUAAUAUUUUUUGUACAUAAUGAUUUCAUGUUUGAGGAACUGUUAAUUGAGAAAUAAAAAGCAUACAAGCAACCAUAAAAUCAUGCUAAGAGUUUGCUAGGAAAGUCAUCAUAUUGGUCUUUAUAGACUAGGACACAAUAUACUUGUCUAGACAACAAUGAAAAAAAAAGUUAAUUGAAAUGAUAGAAAAAAAAAGUGCCAAGAUGAAACAUCAUAGUAAUUUAAACCUAGUAGGCAUGCUUCAUGAAUGAAGUUUAUUUUCAAAAUGAUAUCAUAUUUCCCUCUCUCAUCCAUAAUCUUGCACUUUAUAUAUGUAUAUCUAAUCAUGUCGGUUAAGCGAUACAUGGAAAUGGAUUGAGGAAUCAAAUAUGGAAUAGAAGCCUUGAACAGAAAUUUAAUUACUUUUUUAGAUGUGAUAAAGUGGUAUUAUAAAGUCCUAGAAAUUCCUUUCAUGAAGACUCUUUCAAAUCGAAACUAUGUUUAUGUCUUGAAUCAGGGCAUGAAUUUUGUCACUUAAAAUGGGAAUCAAAUAUUUGGAACAAUUGUGAGAUAAAAUAGAUACUAGAAAAUUUUUAGAUAUGUAGCUGAAGUCUGAAGCUAAAUUUGAAUCAUGGAUAUGCGUUUUCAUUACAGAAAAUUUGAAUUUACGAGACUUACUCAAUAGAAUAUUGAUAUUAUCCACAUAUAUUUGGUAACUGAUCGAUUAAAUUCCAUUUAUAAACCCCCUUGUAGGUACAUGUGUAACUGGUUUUGAAUAUGAAUAUAUUGUGUAACAUGUAUAAUAAAAUGUCUCGAGUAUCAUGUAAGAUGCUCUAUUAUAGAGUUUUGAAACAUAAUAUAUAGGAAGAAUAUGAUUAUAACACGUUAUAAUGUACAUGUGUAAACAAAAUCUUGUAUCUUUACAUAGAAUUUCAAAGUAAUUGUGAAUGUUGGUUUACAUGUAAAUAUUUUUUUGUUAAUUUGUAUUGUUUCUGUCAAUGAACUAUUUAUGAACAUAUGGAUAUACAAAAAUAUCAGUUUUCAAUUGGAAAUUGAAACAAGAAAACAAUAAAAUAUCUUGUUUGUGCAACUUACUCGAUCUCUUCUCUUUGUGAAUUUUUCUAUUCUUUGUAUGGAAGAUUUUAACACACUAUCGAAAGACUGGAUGUUUUGUCUUAACAAACCUUUUUUUUUUGAAAAAUGAUUCAUAUAAUAUUGUUUUUAUAUUCCAUGAAGCUUGUAAGUAUCAUGUACAGUAUCAACCGAUAUGUUACAAAAAAUUUCAGGUAAUUUGAUGGAAGUCAAAGGUCAUUUCAGGUCAGAAAUUCAACUAAAAAUUCAUAUAUUUCAAUCUCAGUCAAUAAUUUUGCUCUAAUUGAAUUGUGUAUUCAGGGGAGACAACCAGAGUCAUUCCCCUUGUUUGAAAAAUAUGCAAUUUUACAGGGGUUUUUUUUCUAAAAAAAAAAAUGAAUGUAUUACAGUCAAGAUGAACAAUAUUAACCAAUUUGUAGGGUGUUGAGGAAUAUUUCAGAAACUCAAGAACAUUGUCGAUCGUUUGUACAAAUUGGCAUGGGGGUAGCUCAUGAUUAAAAAAAAUAUAUUGUGUCCAAUAUUUAGCAAAAAACUGAUUGUCCCGAUGUAUCACAAGAGUCCUCUAUUCGCUCUCUCCAUCCCUACCUCAUCACUCUUUCACCACUCUCCAUCCCUACCUCAUCACUCUUUCACCACUCUCCAUCCCUACCUCAUCACU